AUGCUGAAUACCUAUACUAAAUUAUUACCUCAUAGGCAAAAUUAUGUAUUUAAGAUUUAUAAUGAAGUAGAAAAAUAUGUUAUCUCCAGUACACCUGAUAAAGAGUGUCAAAAAGAUAAUUUUCUUGAUCUAAUAACAAAAAAUAAUGAACUUAAUGAAUGUGAAAAGAAUUAUUGCCGAGAAAUGUUCAUAUGUAAUUAUGAAUUGCAUAAUGUAAUUCACAAAUUCGGUGAGCCUAUAACAUGUAAAAAUUGUAAAUUUGCAAGAUAUUCUGUCAGAUAUUGUGAAGUCUGUAUUAAACAAUACUUACAAAAAUCCUUUGGAACCUGGACAUCUGAAAAUAGAAUUGUUGAUGAAUUUAUUUAA